AUGACGGCCGGGACGGACCCCUACGCCGUCCUGGGGGUAGACCCCAGCGCCAGCCAGGAGGCUCUGCGCGCGGCGUUCCGCGCCGCGGUCCUCCGCCUGCACCCCGACAAGGCGGGGCCCGGCGAGGCCGCCGCCGCCGCCUACGCCGCGACGCAGGCGGCCUGGGAGACGCUUGGGGACCCCGCAUGUCGGGCAGCCCACGACGCGUCCCGGGGCCUGGCGGCGGGCCGCAGGCACGUGCAGGUCCAGGUGCAGCUGCGCGCAGCAGAGAUGGGGAGCGAAGAGUACGGCGGCGAGGCGUGCCUGGUUUACCCCUGCCGCUGCGGGGACCUCUUCCUGCUGCCCCUGUCCGAUCUGGGGGCGCCGGGAGAGUUGGUGCUGGUCCCCUGCAGCUCCUGCUCCCUGUUUGCCCAGGUCCAGACCUGA